CAGCUGAGACCACAACAGACACUACAAAAACAGAAAGUACCACCACAGGUACCACAACACCAGAAAGCACCACAACCGAUGGCACAACAGACACAACAACAUCAGAAAGUACCACUAGAGACACUACAACAACCGAAAGUACCACCACAAGUACCACAACACCAGAAACCACCACAACCGAGAGCACAACAGCCACUACAACAUCAGAAAGUACCACUACAGGUUGGAGAGUGA